CUACAAACAUCCACCUAUUUUUCUCUUGGUUCAACUUUUUUUUUCUGCUUGCAUGCUCCUUUCAUGUGGCCCUUCCUUUUUCUUCCUAUCCCCUCAACUCCUCCCAAAAAAUUUUUUCUUCAAAUUUUUCUAAAAUAUAAUAAAUAUAAGCUUAGAUCAAUCCAAUAUUGUUGCCAUAUAUCCCCAAAGGCUUUCCAAAACAAACACAAAAUGAUGAAUGAAUAAAAUAGGUGUAACAUCCACCUAUUUCUCUCUCCCCCCCCCCAAAUAUACUCUGUUAACUACAUUAUACUCACCCCCUAUUUUUUUGGGGGGUUUCAAGCUAAAAAUGGAUUGUGGCUUCUACAAACAUCUACAUACAUAUUUUUCUUUUGGUUCAACUUUUUUUUUCUUGCUUGCAUGCUCCUGUCAUGUGGCCCUCCCUUUGUGGCCCUUCCCUUUCCAUCCAUCUCCUCU